GUGGUAGAUAGGUGAAUGGACCACCAUGGUGCUGAAGCCCGUCAUCUCCAAACUGUCUGCUAAACUGGUUGUGCUGGCAAGUGCAUCUCCACGGCGAAAGGAGAUCCUUCAAAAUGCCGGCCUGCGCUUUGAGGUGGUCCCAUCUUGGUUCAAAGAAACCCUUGACAAGACACUUUUUAAAGCCCCUCAUCAGUACGCGGUGGAGACGGCCAAGCAGAAAGCACUGGAGGUAGCGAGGAGGUUACCCUGUAAUCACUUAAAAACUCCAGACAUAGUGAUCGGAGCGGACACUAUUGUGACUAUAAAUGGCAUGAUUUUGGAGAAGCCACAAGACAAGAAAGAUGCAUACAGGAUGCUCUCAAGUUUGAGUGGUAAAGAACACAGUGUCUUCACAGGCGUCGCCAUUGUCCUCUGUCAUAAGAAAACAAAUGGCGAGGAUUUCCAGAUUGUGGACUUCUACGAAGAAACUAAGGUGAAGUUUGCUGACCUCUCGGAAGAAAUGAUGUUGGAAUACAUUAACAGCGGUGAACCAAUGGAUAAGGCGGGUGGCUAUGGCAUCCAGGGGCUCGGUGGGAUGCUGGUGGAGUACGUGCACGGAGACUUUUUCAACGUGGUGGGUUUUCCCCUAAACCACUUCUGUAAACAGAUGAACCAAAUUUACAACCAACAAGGAGACGCUCCCCAAGGUCGGCUUGUGUGAACACUCUGAGAAAUCGCAAGUUGCGACCGACAGCUCCGGGCAAUCCGUAGAGGACCUGCAGAAAUGUCUGGGGUAGGAUGAAAGAGGAAGCAUGGAAGACGAAACCCGAGAAUGUUGAUGAACUCUGGGAGGCAUGCAAGACUGCUUUCAUUGAGGACUUCAUCAGUAAAUUGUAUGAAUCCUUGCUGAUCCGCAUGGAUGCAGUCCUUCAAGCCCAUGGAAGUCAUACAAAAGAUUAAAUUUGGAUCUCACAGCACCACUACUUCAUUCGCUUAUGUGAUGUAACAUAUUUUUGUAUUUGAAGUACAUUUUUUUUGUUCAGUUUUCACAGGCUAGAUGCACAAAAAUGACCAAAUACAAAGAUAAUCACCUAUAUUUUCAGGAUCAAUAGCAAUAUUUAACGUAUAAGUUUUCAACUGCUUAUAAAUCAUUAAAUUUUCACAUCAGAAACUUCAUACUUGAGGAAAAUAUGCAGAAUCAUCUUAAUUUUACUCAACGAAAGCAAAAUUUGCAGUUUUCUACAUACAAUCACAACUUAUUUAGGUUGAAUUCCCAUGUUACUAUUGCCUCAGCACGGAGAGCACAUCUUGCCGGGUAUCUGGCCCUAGACAUUUUUUAGAUUGAAAUGUUACAUAACAUAAAACACUUAGAAUUUUGCUUCUCAAGUCCUCAGACAGUUCUUUGGUCUUUUAUUUUCUCCAUGCUCAACGUGGUACACACAAGGACACAGGACAGAGGUUGAGUCAACUUUAAUCCACUUCAACUGGCUGGAAGUGUAAUUUAGUUACUGCCACCACCUGUUAUGUGCCACAGGUAAGUAACUAGUCCUGUUAAUUACACAAAUUAGAGAAGCACCACGAUUUUUUAAAGGGUGCCCAUACUUUUGUCUGGCCCAUUUUGUGUAAAAUAAUAAUGAUUUAAUUUUUAAUGUUUUUUUUCCAUUGCAAGCAAAAAAAUGAGAUAUUACUAGCAAAGCAUUUGUAAUUGAAAUCAUAUUCUUGGAGAAAUUGAGCAUUAUCUGACAGAAUAGCUGUGGUGCCAAUAUUUUUGGCCAACAGUGUAUGCAUACAAAACAAUUACUGGCAUGUGCUGUCAUAUACAAAAAGAUAUGAGAUAUAAAAGCAAGUACAGAAACAGUCAUAUUUUAACUGAAUAUUUCCCAAAACAAUGUUAAUGUAUGACAAAAUAAUUGUUCUUGAAUUAAAAAACUAUAACAAAGAACUUCCUAACAGGGAGUUAAAUGCAUCAGUGAUGCUUUUACAAUGUAUCGUUAUACUGGCAAGUGGUUUUGCCAACCCCUGAUGGCGCCAAUGCACAAGUGCUGGCAGAGUCAGGGGGAGGGGAAGAAGUAGGACACCAGAAGACUUGAACCCCGAGAUCUAGCAGAAAAUUCAGGAUCUGCACGAACGUAGAAACACAAGCACUGGACCACAAUUGGAGGGAUCAGCUCCUUCAAAUCCUCCUUACAGGCUUGAUACCUGUAGAGAAAUAACAAAAAAUGCGGAUCAAGACUAAUGCAAAAGAAGCAAAAAAGUUACACAUUGGAACAGCAGGGGUGUCAGUCAUUUUGGUUGGUGGGCCACAUUCAUGACAAAGAAUAUGACCUAGCCAGGCUGCCGGACCCGUGCUAGCAAAGCUCCAACGGCCCAUCCCAGCGGGAACCCGGCCAGAAGGCCAAACUCCGCGCGUUCACAUAAGUCUUAAAUAGGGCUGUCAAACGAUUAAAAUUUUUAAUCGAGUUAAUCACAGCUUAAAAAUUAAUUAAUCAUAAUUAAUCGCAAUUCAAACCAUAUGUAAAAUAUGCCAUAUUUUUCUAUAAAUUGUUGGAAUGGAAAGAUAAGACGGAUGUAUACAUUCAACAUACUGUACAUAAGUACUGUAUUUGUUUAUUAUAACAAUAAAUCCACAAGAUGGCAUUUACAUUUUAAACAUUCUGUGAAAGGGAUCCACGGAUAGAAAGACUUGUUAUUCUUAAAAGAUAAAUGUGAGUACAAGUCAUAGUAAUUUUGAUAGUUUGUAUAUUUUGUGACUAAACAUUGCCAUCUAGUGUAUUUGUUGAGCUAAACGAAAUGUUUGAAUAGCUAUUUUGAGUGGGAAUGCCAGUUCUCUUUGCAUUGAGCGCUUUUCUUUUUGUGAACAUUAUUUUUUUAAGAGUUAGGAAUAUUAUUUUUGUUGUGCUUUCACUAUAAGGUACUGUAGCGACCUGUUCUUAACUGCCCAAAUGCAUGAUGGAAAGUUGGGAAACCAUGACUGUCAGUGUUGGCUGCAAAUGGUUUAUCUUCUCUGCGUUGUGUACAAUACAGGGUGUCUAGAAAAAGAUCAUCUCCUGUCAUUUUUCCUCACAUCGCCAGCUACUAUAGGUGUAAUUGUUGGCAAGUUGGGCAACCAUGACUGUCAGUGGUGGCUGCAAAUAGUAUAUCUUCUCUGCGUUGUGAACGAUACAGGGAGUUAAGAAAAAGAUCAUCUCCUGUCAAUCAUCCCCACAUUGUCCGCCACAAUUAUUAUAAAUGUUGUGGAUGAGAUGCCAAAGCACAGCUAAAAAGAAUGCCUGUAUCCACUCCACUCGUGUGUCUCUGCUUCUUAGAUUGCAACAUACUUAAAACGGCACCAUUGUAGUCUGUUCGCGGCAAUGCGUGAGUGGGUCGUUCCGCGCAUACGUUAAAUGCGUUAUAUAUUUUAAUGUGAUUAAUAUUAAAAAUAAAUUACCGCCCAUUAACGCGUUAAUUUUGACAGCCCUAGUCUUAACCCUUUGUACUGACUCCAUUUUGAAAGGUUUAAAGAAGGCUCACCGAAAAAAAGUUGACAAUUUAUUCAGGUCGACAGUAAUCAAAACAGCAACGCAAAACAGAAAGACUCAGGCGGGGAGGCAAGCUCGUUCCAAGGUCACCAUAUCAGAAGUCAACAAAAGGAUUCCCGAAAAAAAAAUGACAAUGCUUAGUUUAGGGGCUGCAGGUAUCGAUUAUUUUAUAGUAAUCAAGUAAUCGAAUUAGGAACAUAAAAAUUUAAAAUACCUGAGCUUAGCCUCAAACGGUGUAAAAAAAAUAAAUAAAUGAGGAUCUAUGUACAACAAAAGAACAACUGUCUAACUUGCAUAUCAAAAUCCGCUAGCUUAACUGCUAUAAAAUGCUAAAAUGUUUAUUUUACAAUGCUCUUAAAAAAUCGCUCAGACACAUAUUCCGACAAAAACGGCUGAAUACACCUAUAGACCAAAUUACGAAUGCAUUAAAAAAAAAAACAUCUCAAACAAAAACUUUCUUUAUGUUGGUCUUAACAGGGAGCAGCUGGAUUCAUAUUCACUGUUGCCACUAGAAGGCAGUGUAUCCUACCAAAUCAAUAAAAGUAAAUGCAAACACUUUCAAAACAAACUAUGACAAUGCCACUUUAAUUCAAUGAACACUCGAAGCAGCUGAAUUUAAUUCCAAGCUUUUUUUUAAUCAAAUUACUCGAGUUAAUCAAUUAAUCAUUGCAGCACUAGCUUAGUUAAACAUUCAGUCUUUUGAAGGCUCUCGUGGGCAAGAAGAAGGGUCUGUUUGGGAUUAUUGUCUGUUUGUGGAUUAGACAGGAGGAUUCGGGAGUUACUGCUGUCCGGGCAACGAGAGUUGUGGACUUUGCCACCUCAGCGUCAAAGGGGCUCUUGGAGUCUUGUCAGUCGUAUUAUCAGUUGAAUAUCUGGCGUUCUCCGCUGCUCCUUGUGUUGGGACAGAGCGUCUUGCCAUUUGUUUUGGACUGUCGGGAAGAACUGAUCGCACACAUUGGGCUUCCGUGAUAAGAAGGUGUCAUGUAUCUUUUAUGCUCUAUAUUCUGCUUGUUUUCCUUAAGCUAUUGUAUAAGUGCUAUUUAUUAUAUAUUGGUUGUGUUAGAGUAAUACAAACAGUCAAACAGUAAAUACGAGAAACAAUACUAUUCUCUGAUUAAUUAUAUUAAGCGUUUAAAAGAAACUCACCUGGCAUCUCAUACAUCAACUUGUUUCGUCUCACUGCCGUUUUCCAGGAUUUGGACACCCUCUAUUGGUUCUUCCCUGAGUGAAAACAGAACAUGUUGAAACAUUGCCCAAAACAAACUAAUGCAGGCCCUGGAAAACACAAAGUACCUAAUGUGGUUUGACUCUACUGUAAAGCUGGAAGCUGGCUGAAGGUGUUGCUUGUGGGGCGUUGAAGCUUGCCUGUUUUGAUAGCUGUAGAGAAAUAUUAAGAAAGAAGAAGCAAGGGUGCCAAAUUCUCUCCAUUUGUAGACAACUUCUCUGACUGUCGAUUGAUGAACAUCCAGACUUUUAGAGAUGGUUUUGUAUCCUUUCCCAGCUUUAUACAAAUCAACAAUCCUUGAUUGCAGGUCUUCAGACAGCUGUUUUGACCGAGCCAUGAUGCACAUCAGACAAUGCUUAUCAUCAAGACACUUCUUACCAGGUGUUUGCUUUAUAGUGGGCAGGGCAGCUUUAAACCACUCAUCCAUAAUUGGGCACCCACCUGACUUAAAAUGUUUCGUAAAAAUUGGUUUUAAUUGCUCUUUAAGUCUUCUUAGACAGAGGGUUCACUUACUUAUUUCCCCCCCUUCUGUCAUUGUUUGCAUGUUAUCCUCAUUAAAAUAUGAAAACCUAUAAAUGUUCGGGUGGUUUUAGUUAAAGCAGACACUGUAUUUUCAUCUGUGUGGUUUUGACAAAGAUAGAUCACAUUUGAUGGUGAUUUUAUGCAGAAAUGUGAGAAAUUCCAAAAGUCCAUACUUUUUCAUACUACUGUAUCAAGCCGAUUGCCUAUUUAUUGCUAACACGCUAAUUUCCGAUAGCUAAAAUUAGCUUUAUUAUUUUGAUUUGAGGAUUGAAAGCUACUUACUAGUCCAGCAUGAAAAGAGCCAAGGCAGCGUCGGAUGGAAAUCCCUCUUCGUCCUUGAGCUCGCGCCAGCGAGUGAAAACUGGACCAAUGUUGAUCCUUGAAUGUCCUUUUAUCCGGGUAGCUUCCCUUUUUCUCUUUUUGGUCUCCUCAGACAAAACCCUUCGUCUCUUGGGUUUUUUUGCAGCUUCUGCCAAGAAACCACAGAUAAAUGUUACACAUAUUUUGCUCCCAGGUUCUAAAUGGUAAUUUCUAGUUUUUUCGUCACAUUGACAUUAAGCACGUAACAGUUACCGGUUUCAAGGUUUACCGUGGUAGGAAAACGUCACGGUUUUAAAACCACGAAAAUUUUCCGUCAUAUUGUAGUACUGUAUUCACUAUUUUUUUAUGUCCAAAAAAUGCAGCGAGAAAUCCAUACCUCGGAGUGGUUAUUCCUCUGUCCUGUGUCUGUCGGGGACACUGCUCUGUCACUGUCAAAACUAUACCUGAGCUCCCCACCCCGCCUCAAAAAAAAAACUAUUAUGGGAGUACUACGGCUACCCAAAAGAAACUGACUGCCGCGGCUUCAAGGAGGGACAGCAGGACCUCCAACAUGAUUUCACAUUUACCUGACCAUCAUCUGUCACUUUACACAAAAUUCAAGUAAACGCUGUCAUGAACUUUUCCCACCAGCUUCAGGGUGUUUAGUGUGUCUAGCGAUGGUAAAAUAAAUACUAUAACGUAAGCUUGCUAACGUGGCUAGUUAGCAUGCCGAGACGGCUUAACUAGUUUCCUCUCUGCCAUUGGCCUACUUUUGUAAAGGCUUCUGUCAUUGUAAACAUCGGUUCAAACUAACAUUUUCAUACAGUCAGGCCAAAAGUAUUGGCAGUAUCUACUGUAUAUUUUUUUUCUGAUGCAUUUUUUGACUAGUUCCAUUUAUACUCCAGAGUGAUUUAGUCUGGAAGAUACGGUAAACUAUCACUACCUGAUAGCGGAGCGAUGAGGUUGUCUGCUAGCGAUCCCGUUGAAGGGCAACUGCUGCUCGGAGGCUCCGGCUCUCUGCUGAGCUCACUCGGACCUCCAUUAAUGUAUGGCAUCUCCUCCUCUUCCUUUUUGAUUGGAAGUUGCUCUUCUAUCCUUUGCUGUUGAAUGGACUCAGGUUCCUCCUGUUUGAUUUGGUAGAGCACCACUUCUUCAAUGCCAGGAGACUUAGGUUCCUGCCACUUACCUGCAUGACACAAAUGAUAAAUUUUAUAGAA